AUGUCUAGCACUACAAGUAUUCACUCAGGAACUAUUACCAAAACACUAAGGGACAGCAUCCUGCUUCGGAAACCAGGGUGAGGUGCUGGAACCCUAGGGUGGACCCAGGAUCCAGUCCUGGAGAUUCAGGAAAACAGAAAAUGACAAGUAGUUGAACCGGUAAGUAGCAUCACCCUUUCUAAAUGCUUUAGCGCAGACAGUGAUGUAUCAGAAGGAAUAAUACGCAUGACUUUCUAUAUCUGUAAAUCAAGAAGGCUUUUACAAACAGAAGGAUAAUCCUUAAGAUCACAAAUUGUCCUUAGCAUUAUCCCUCUACCUGGUAAACGGACUGGAAUGAUGGAUGCAGAGCUAGGAAUGCUUGCGAUAAAACGAAGGGAUUUCAUGAGGCACCACGACAGCAUGGGGAUGCUUCUGACAUACUGGACCACUCGCGUCGGGAAGAGAGCCAUUAUCCCUGGGCGUUAACCUCAUGGUCUGGAAGCAGCUGCAGCCUCCCGUCCCUGCCCCUGCCCCUGCCCCUUUCUCCAUUUUACUCCUCCAAGCUGCCUUCUCUCACUGUGGAAGAGGACGACCCUUCAGUGGAGAAUGGAGGGGAAACCGGCAGAACCGGUUUAGGAGCAGAGCCCCACAGGGCGACCACCCAGAGGCAUCCCUCGGGGUUUACGUAGGGACGCAGACUUGGCCUGGAGUCGGACGUGCAGAAAGUGCUGCCCGGCAGGGGGCGCUCCCGGACCCACCUGCCCGCCGGAGGAAGCUGCUUAGGGCCCCGCGUCCUCCACUCACGGACCGUGGGCGGGACAGAAAAUCGUAACGUUUCUACUUCUCCAAGUUAGAAGGUCACAAAAAGACGAAAAGGGUCUCCUGGCCUCAGAACCAGGAAGAACUUCGAGGACGCAUUGCGGGGUUGUGCCGUUUCGGAACGUGCAGGUGGAGACCGGUGUGGCGCACCUGUCUGGGCAGGUGCAGCUCAUUCGCGCCGAGGGUCCCUGCGAGGCGCUGCUCGGAGGUUGGGAAGCUUCCCACGUUGGGGACCCCACAGUGCCUACAGCUGACCUAACGGAAAGUUUCCUGGGGGCCACUCGACUUGUACCCUGACUUGAGGUGGCCCCACGCUUCCAAGUUGAAGAUACUUCCUCCCGCCAUUCUUCCAGACCUUUCCCGCACUGACAGGAGCCGCCGGCAACGCGCCAGAGAGGGGCCAAUGGACAGAAAGGGGAAAGGGCGGCAGGGCUGCGGGAGAGGGGGACCGUCACCUGAACCUGUCGCUCCCCGGGGCCGCGCCGACGCCCCCGAGGGGCAGGCGCAGGCCCUGGAGGCCGAGCCAUUGCUGCUGCAGAAGCCGACCGCGUCUGGUCGCCAUGGAGACCCGGGCGGAACGUGUGGGCGGUGCGACCCGAGGAAGGUAAAGAGCACCGCCCCCGCCACGCCCACCCGACGCUGGUGCCCUUUCUGACACGCAUGCGCAGAAGCGGCUUUCCGUCUGCUCUGCCAGAGACUUCUGGAGAUUUCCGAGUGCGCGGGGUUUGUAACUCCGUGUUGCUAUUGUGGCUGCCUCCUUCCAUCCUACGUGCUGACUCUUUCGUUGUGCACGCUACUUUCUGUCCCUUUUUUUUUUUUUUUAGGGAGAACGUGAAAUGCAAAGGUUACGUCAUUUGCCCAGAAGGGAGGGCAGAGCCACAGUCUGACCGGAGAAUUUUCAGUUUACACGGCCCUCUAUAAAGGGUCGCAAGAACACGCAGUUUGCAAUUGUUAAUUUGACUUGGCUGAGUCUGAAUACGAUGGUCCAACCACGCGAACCCUGACCAAACUAACUUCGUGCAGCGCAUGCGUAGGCGGCCCGCGCAGGGUUGUCUGGGAAACGCAGAGGGGACGGAGUAGAGUAUGGCAGCCUUGCAUUCUGGGAGAUGUAGUCUUUGACUCUUCCUCGCUACGGCAACUCAGAGAAGAGUGAGGUUCUCAAACUACUCUUCCCAGGAUUCCUAGGGGUUUCCCAGGGUACCUUGUAAAGGCAUGGCGGGGAGAGUGUGAAUGUCAACCUAGAAGGUAAUCAGAACACUUGAAUUCAACCAAAAAGAGGACCAAAGAGAAGGGGCGGCGGGCAGCAACUCCUUUUUGGAGGCCUUUCGACUUAAAAACUCUGCCGGCGCUCACGUUUCUGUCGAGCACGCCGUGCAGCCUUACCGGCGUGUAUGUGUGCCCUGGAUCACGGUCCGGCUGGGCGUGGAGGGGCCGGUGAGGCUUUGCUGGUCGCGGUUGGCCUCUUCCCUAAGUGGAGCGGGUUUCUGUGAAAAUGAUUUGCUUUUUUCUACGAGCUGUGCAGUAUACGGAGAAGCUGCACAGGUCCUCGGGGAAGCGCCUGUUUUUGCCACGCGUCGUCGUUAGCAAAGCUUGCCUGACGACCGAACCCCGAUGGAGAUGGGGGCUGCACGAGCGGAGAACGGUGCGCCCCGGAUGUCCCCUCGGAGUCCCCCGGAGGACCGUCUGGACGCAGGGACGAGGUCUCCAGAGAGCAAAGGAGGACGGCAGCAAGCAAGUGUCUGUGCACAGUCAGAGGGCGGAGACCGCCGUGUCCACGGCGCAGAAAGUUAAAGAAGCCGGAAGAGAUUUCACCUACUUGAUAGUGGUGCUUGUUGGAGUCACCAUUACAGGUAGCUUGUUUUACGUGAUUUUCAAAGAACUUUUUUCUUCGUCUAGUCCUAAUAAGAUAUAUGGGAAAGCCUUGGAAAAAUGCAGAUCACAUCCAGAGGUGGUGAGCGUCUUCGGGGAGCCCGUCAAGGGCUACGGGGAGGCGACGAGCCGCGGCCGCAGGCAGCACGUCAGCUUCGUUGAGUACGUGAAGGACGGGCUGAAACACGUGCGGGUGAAGUUCUACAUCCAGGGCUCCGAGCCGGGGAAGCGCGGGACGGUGCACUCGGAAGUGAAGGAGAACCCAGAGAGCGGCGAAUACGAAUUUCGAUAUAUAUUUGUGGAACUCGAAGCCUAUCCGAAAAGAACUAUCAUCAUCGAAGACAAUCGAUCCUGAGAUCUCAAGAAGCCCACGCCGGGUUCCCAGAUGCGGGCCGCGCCGUGCGGGCACAGCCCUGGUCUUCGGCUCCCCUGGAGCCCGUCCGUCCGGGGAGGCAGGAAGGGGACGGCUGGGCCACGCGGACGGAGCCCGGCGGUGGUUGCGCUUAGACAGCGGGCCUAGAGCUGCUCCUGCAGCGGGAAAGUCGUUCAGUGGCGCACACCGGGUGGUCCCGGCGGGGUUUCUGCUCUCCUGAACAUCGCCCUUCAUGAGAAGUUUUCAUUAAAAAGUCUGCAUCAUGUGAGAGAGAAAAUAGUUCAGUGUUUUAUGCUUUUUUAAUGUUUUGUAGCUACAUAAAAUCUGUGGAAUAAAACUAAAGCUAACACGUGAGAAGCA